AUGUCGUACGCUUACCUCUUCAAGUACAUUAUCAUCGGUGACACAGGUGUUGGGAAGUCAUGUCUGCUUCUGCAGUUCACUGACAAACGCUUUCAGCCAGUGCAUGACUUGACCAUUGGUGUUGAGUUUGGAGCCAGGAUGAUUACAAUCGACAAUAGACCGAUAAAGCUCCAAAUUUGGGACACGGCUGGGCAAGAGUCAUUCAGGUCCAUUACAAGGUCUUACUACAGAGGUGCUGCUGGGGCCUUGCUGGUGUAUGACAUCACAAGGAGGGAAACCUUUAACCACCUUGCUAGUUGGUUGGAGGAUGCUAGGCAGCAUGCAAAUGCAAACAUGACCAUAAUGCUGAUAGGUAAUAAGAGUGAUCUGGCUCACAGAAGAGCUGUAAGCACCGAGGAGGGAGAACAAUUUGCAAAGGAGAAUGGGUUGAUAUUCAUGGAGGCAUCAGCCAAAACAGCUCAGAACGUGGAGGAGGCGUUCAUAAAUACUGCCUCAACAAUUUACAAGAAGAUUCAGGAUGGAGCUUUCGAUGUGUCUAACGAGUCAUAUGGAAUCAAAGUUGGAUAUGGGGGUAUACAGGGAAAUUCAUCAGGAAGAGAUGGUGCUGUCUCACAAGGAGGAGCUUGUUGUAGCUGA